AUGGAAGGCAGAAAGUUUCGGCAUCUGACUUCUGAGCAAGUCGACUGUUUCAUGAAGUAUGGUUAUCUGCGCAUUCCAGGCUGUUUCACUCGCGAAGCUGCUGAGGAAUGGACAAAGGAUGUCUGGGUGAGACUGGGCUUUGACCCUAAAAACCCCGACACCUGGACGACUGAAAGGACCAACAUGCCGGGUCACGGAGAAGUAUUGGUCAAGGAUUUCGCGCCCAAAGCAUACGACGCCAUCUGCGAGUUAGUUGGAGGGGAAGAGCGCAUCACUGAGGAAUCCAAGUCGUGGAGGGACAGUUUCAUCGUCAACCUGGGGACAAAAGAGCACGAGGGCAAGGAAGCACAUCCCAAAGAGUUACCCGGGUGGCAUGUGGAUGGAGACUUCUUUGUACAUUUCCUAGAUUCUCCAGAGCAGGGUCUGCUUGUCAUCCCUCUGUUCACAGAUAUUCUGCCCAACGGCGGCGGAACCUGGAUUUGCUCCGAAGGGAUCCCCAAGAUAGGGAAGUGGCUGUAUGAUCAUCCCAAGGGCGUCCUUCCACGAAUGACGCCAAUCGGAGCGACGGAGAAUUUUGAAGACGGCCUGGAGUUCUACAACAAUCUCGUACAGGGCUGCGAUGACGCCUCUUUCCACGAGAUGACAGGUUCGGUUGGCGAUGUCAUCCUGCUGCAUCCCCUGAUGCUACACUCGGCUUCCAAGAACGGACGCCGCUUACCCCGGAUCAUCACCAACCCGCCGGUCUCGCUGGUCCAGCCCUUCGAGUUCGACCGCGAGGACGAGAGCCAAUACAGUCUUGUCGAGCUCAAGACGAUCAAGGAGAUCGGAGGACAAGACAAGCUGCGAGGGUGGAAAAUUCAAGGGAAGAGGGACGCUGUCGUGCCGGAGCGAGUGAGGCGUCAAGCCAGGAUGCUGGAGGAAGAGAAGAGAAGACUCAAAGAGCGCGAAUUGCAGAGUCAGACACCACAGGCCGUUGCUGUUGCAUAG